GCCGCAGCCCGCAGUGUGUCGGGGCGCCGCGCAGGCUCCUCCUGGGGGGCGGUGGCCUCGCAGUGCGGGGCUGUGUGCGGCCCGGCAUGUCGGCGCUGGAGUGGUUCGCGCACAAGCCCCUGGGCGGCGGCAUCUACUGGAUCCAGGAGCGGUUCUACGAGUCCGGCAACCGAGCCAACAUCUGGCUGGUGCGGGGCUCGGAGCGCGACGUGGUGAUAGACACCGGCCUGGGGCUACGCAGCCUGCCCGACUACCUCCACUCGGCAGGGCUGCUGGGGCCGGGCGCCGGGCCCGGGGAGGCGGAGGCGGCGGGCGGGGGCAGGAGGCCGCUGCUGGCCGUGGCCACCCAUGUACACUUCGAUCACGCGGGCGGGCUGCACCAGUUCGACGAGGUGGCGGUGCACAGCGCCGAGGCGGGCGCGCUGCUCCGCGGGGACAACUACGAGACUGUCACCUGGCUGUCGGAUAGCGAGGUGGUGCGGCCGCCUAGCCCCGGCUGGAGCGCCCGGCAGUUCCGAGUGCAGCCCGUGCAGCCCACCCACAUCCUACAGGAGGGGGACGUAAUCAACCUUGGUGACCGACAACUGACUGUCAUGCAUAUGCCUGGUCAUUCAAGAGGAAGUAUUUGCUUACACGACAGAGAUCAGAAGAUAUUGUUCAGCGGAGAUGUUGUUUAUGAUGGAUCGAUGAUUGACUGGCUUCCCUACAGCAAGAUAAGUGAUUAUGUCACAAGUUGUGAGCGUCUUAUAGAAUUAGUGGACAGAGGUCUUGUGGAGAAGGUGCUUCCAGGGCAUUUUAACACCUUUGGAGCUGAAAGGCUAUAUCGUUUAGCUUCCAACUACAUUUCAAAAGCUGGAGUUUGUCACAAAGUUUCUACCUGUGCCAUGAGGUCCAUUGCAAGUUUAGCUCUUCAUGUGACAAAUUCUAGAGUCACCUCUUAGUGUCGGUUGUUUUUGUCAAUAUCAAACCAAACUAUUGUAAAACCAAAUGGCUUGUGAGCUAGUGUUGAUAGAAAGCAAACAAAAGCAGUGUGUGUUAUUAAAGAAAAAGCAGACUGAUAAUGAAUGAGUCAUAAAGAUUCUUAUUUUUGCUUGCUUUUUUAUUUUAUAAAAUUAACUUCAGCUAUAGCUAUGCAAAAGCUACUAUCUAUCUUUUCUUUCUGUUUUUCAAGGCAUGUUUGCACAUGAUUUAUGAAUGCCAUUAGACUGCAGUUUGAAAUAUAUUGUUUUAUUUUUGAUAUUAUUCUGAUGGAUAUGUAUGAUAUGCCAAAAUGAAAAGUUUGACAUUUAUGCCUGAAACUUAACUGUUUUUAUGUGAUGUUAGGUUAAAGGCUCAAUUUGUGUUUAAAGUGUAUUUUUAAAAUGGCUGAAAUGUAAUUUAGCUGUUAGUGCUAUAUUUGAAAAGAUAGCUGUAACACUCCAUUGUCCUAUUAUAAAUACUGAAUUCAACGUCCAGUACAUUGUUUAUUACUUUUAAGUGAAUGUAACUUGAACUGUUUACUAUUUGUUUAUAAACUAUUUCAGUACAUAUUGUUGCUUUUUGAAGAAGUAAAGUGCAUUACUUUUGAGUCUGUUGUUCCUAAAACAGAUUAAAUGCAUCCAUGAAAAUUGCUAAGACAUAUAAUCAUUUCUUCAUUAAAAUUGAAGUGUUAUUUUAAAUGAUGUUAAACAAGUUAGUUUAUAUGUGCAUAAUUAUUUAACAAUUUAAAUGGACACUGUCUGAUUAUUUUUAUAUUUUACCUUCCUAACAAGUUUGACAGUUUUGUUUUCAAAUUUUGUUUUUCCAGUUUAGCAAAUUUAUUGUAUCCACGAUGUUUAAGUGGAGUUUUAAAAAUUAACCUACUACUUUGUUUGCAGUUGACUUUAUACGAAGAGAUGGUUUUAUGUGAUCAUACCAAACUAUAUUUUGGGCUCUAUUCAGAAGAAAAUAUCUAUGGCCUUUCUGACCUAACAUAAAUUUUGGGAGAAAGAAUGGUCUGCUAUGGAAACUACUCACAAAUUAAUAAGCAUUCUUGCCCAGAAGUUAUGGAAGU